ACUUCCUGCUAUUUUAUAUUGUGAAUGUUCCAUUUUAGUGCCGACUACGACAGCAGCAGCAACCACCACCGCUGCUGCGGCUACCCCCUCCUCCACCACCUCCUCCUCAAAUACGGGCCUAAUCGUCGGCGUCAUCAUAGCUAUCCUCCUUGUCGCCGUCAUCGUCGGCAUCCUGAUUUUCCUGUGGAAGACCGGGAAGCUGGCAGGUAUCGCGGUCGCCUGUGGUGGACGAUGCGCAUGCUGCAGUAACCGGGUUGAGGAGGGGAAGGAGGAGAAGGCGAAAAUGAUAAGCCCUGUGGUGAUGGCGGUGGAUGAGACAGCGCGGCCGAGGCUCGUUAAGGAGAAAUCGACUAUGAGCGCCAUCUCACGCUCCUCCACGCACGCGCUCGACCGCCAGGGGACUGUCGCGAGUAUCGGCGGCAUCGAUCUUAGGUCUGAACGAUCUUCCGUAAAAAACAUCACCGUGAAACCCGCCGCCACUGCCACCGAUGUCGGGGAAGAGAAGACUGGCUUUACAAUAUUUGGUAAAACUUUGCCAUGUCUGGCGUGGUGUUCAAGGGAGGACGCUGACACUGAAGAGUUACAGCCGGCACCGGCACCGGAUGUAGUGCCGGUGAAGGAAACUAAGACUAAGCCGGAGAAGAAAGUGGGUAAAAAGGGCGAAAAGGUGACGGGGAAGGCUGGAAAGAAAGGCGGGAAAAAGGAAGCCGGGAAAAAAGAAGAUGGGAAAAAGAAAGAUGGAAAAAAGGGAGGCGGGAAGAAGGAGGAUGGGAAAAAGGAAACCGGGAAAAAACAAGACGAAGAGAAGGAGAAAAAGACAACGGAACAACAGACAGAGCCCGAUACAAAUGGAGCGGCUGUGACGGACGGCCAGUUGAAUCGAUCCCCUAGGGCUACCAGUACCCCCAUCCCUCUACGGACCGACCGUACCCCCACCUCCCCUGGUUCCGCCCGUUCCACACGUAAUGGCGUGCUCGCCAUCAACUCCGGUGCCGCCGCCAUCCUCAAACCAGAGGCCAAGAGCAAUGAGUGGACAUUCUUAACAUGCUGCUUUGGAAACCGACAGCCAGAACCGGAGGCUGAGGAGCCCAAGGUGGCAGAAGAAGAACCAAUAACGAAGAAGGCCAAAGGCGGAGCUGCAGCCAAGGGCAAGGGCGGGUCCAGUGUCGCAAAGAAAGGCGGGGCUGGAAAAAAAGAUGGGACAGGGGCGAAGAAGGGCACAAAAACGAGCGGAAAGAAGACGGCGUCGGAAGAUAAAUCAUCGGACGGGAAAGCGGUGAAUGCAAAGGCGGCAAACGGAAAGGUGUCGAACGGGAAGGUGGCGAACGGGAAGUUAGCGAACGGGAAUGCAGAGGCGAUGAUAGUCGAAGACGUGGAAGAUGGACCGGCGCCUCUCGACCGCGCAAAAACGAUGCCAGAGAGACAUAGGGAGCGCACAGAAAUGAGUCUAAUGGACGCAGAGAGGGUUAAAGUGGACGUAUAUAUCCCGGAUGACAACACUGUUCUCAAUCUGAAAGACACGGUCACCGUAGUGAAUGAGAAGGGUGGUAAAAAGUUUAAAGAAAGAGCUAAAACCUCGUUGGGGGUAAUGGAGUCACCGGAGCGACCAGCGUCGGAGAGGCCGCCAGCAACUGUAAAAACGCCGAAAGGCAAGGGCGAUAAAAAGGGCGGGAAAGGGAAGAAAGACAAGGGUGGAAAAGAGAAAAAAGCAACGAAGAAAAAGAAGGAAUGAAGAGUGUCUUGGUGCAUUGUUUUACUUAUGAUUAAUUUAUUGUUAUGCCCUUGUAUCGGUGUUAAACAUUGUAACAUCGACAUGAUUAAAGCAGUGAUAAAUAAUUCGACAAGAGAAUAAUUUAUUAAACGUAUAAAAGAUCUAUAUAUAUAUUUAUCACAGUCAUAAAGAAAGACUUUUGAAAGAUAAAAUCGCAUUAAAAAACACAUUUGAAAUCAAGCCGUGUGUAAACUCCGAAAAAGUGAAAGUUCUCACAAUCUGUGGUAAAACUCAGAAGCAGAAAACAUUUGAAAUGUAUAUAACAUGGUUUAAAAAUUUAUAAAAAAUGGACGCUCAACUACAUAGCAGAUGGUCCAUCAGAAUAAUCAUACUACAUUACAUGAAAUCUAUAACUUAUAUGUAAAAUACUGUGUCAGCACCAUUUUGCGUAUCGGGUAUUCAAUGUAUCUAUCAUUUUCCAUCCGUGCUUUUCCAAUAUGUAUUGACCAUUUUUGUACAUUUAAUAGCCAACUGUUUAAUUUAAACAAAUGACUCUG